UUCGCGAUUUGCGAAGUACGAAAUCCGUAAAGAAAGUUAAAGUGUUGAAAGUUUUAUUUUCACUACUCUAGACUAGGCCAGGCUUUCAAUUCCUUCAUGAGAUGAUUUAAAUGGAUGGCAAAUUAAAAGGAAGAUUCCUCGUGCUCGCGGAAAAUGCGAUCGAGACAGCAGCAACAGGCCGGUACAUCUCGAUCACGGAACGAUGAAUCCGCGGAGAGUGAUAACGCACGGCACCUUGAGAUGGACCAGAAUCAGCUAGAAAGCGUGCUUCACGAUGUGCGUGUGCAGUUUGAGAAAAAGUUCCACUUCCGGCCCAUCUCGGAGGAAUCACCGCGACGAGAUCUGCUGCCCCCGCUGGACACGCUCUACCGGUGCCCGGAGUACACGGUGCCUUCGCUGCAGGAACAGAAACGGCAUCUCAAUGAUGUCAAGAACCGGCUGAACGAUUUCGAGAUCAGCGAUUGGCAUCAGCACACGCGGCAUCGAUCUUCCUUGCUGCCGAUUCUGAACGAGCUGCGGUACCGUGUAAAGGGCGAGUUUGUGACCCAAGCUUUCGCCAAACUGUACGAAUGUGUGGCCGCUUACGAGCUUGUCGACACGGAGGCACCCCACCUCUACAGUGUGCAUCUGUGCGAAGCCCCUGGAGCGUUCGUGACCGCACUGAAUCACUACAUACGACUCAACUGCCGGCCACGGACGGGUUGGGAUUGGUUCGCUUGUACGCUGAACCCGUACUACGAGGGUAACUGCCCGGGAUACAUGAUUCCGGAUGAUCGCUUUAUUCUCCACACCCUCGACCGGUGGUGCUUCGGUGUGGACGCCACGGGUGACAUUCUUGUGCGAGAGAAUCGUGCUGCCAUCAUCGACCGCAGCCGGCAGUGGCCAAUGGUUCAUCUGGUGACGGCAGACGGAUCGAUCGAUUGUCUGGAUGUUCCUGAAGAGCAAGAGGAACGGGUAUCGGUGUUGCACCUUGCCGAAACGAUCAUAGCACUCAGUGUACUCGGUAUUGGGGGACACUUCGUGCUGAAGAUGUUCACACUGUUCGAACAUUCCAGCGUCAAUUUGCUCUUUCUGUUGCACUAUUGCUUCGAAGAGUUGCACGUUUUUAAACCUUGCACCUCGAAACCGGGCAACUCCGAGGUGUAUCUAAUCGCAAAGCGAUACCGUCGACCGACCGGCAUCGAUGCGUAUCUCGACCGAAUAUACGAUCAACUGCUGCUUACCGAUACUACCAAACCCCGGACUACACUCUUCGAUCCGGCCACGAUUCCAACAGCGUUCGUAGAACAAGUAACCGCCUGUGCCAACCAGUUCGUGCGCUGGCAGUCAGAUGUUAUUGAAAGCAACAUUCGCUUCUACGGCACAACCGAUCCUCGUGAGGACGAAAGACUGAUAGAAUUUAAGAAAACGAUCGCGGCAAUGUUCUUCGAACGUUACCGUAUCACACCCAUCCGUGCUGCCGAGCGGAUCGUACGCGGCAUUAACGUUGCCAGUGGUUCUAAUCUGAACCAAAAGGAAUCACAUGGCACGUACAAUGAGCGACGCGUGCGAGGAUCGACGUUGAGCGUGCUGGAAUCCGUGCAAGCGCUACGCGAACGACUCGAUCACAUUACGCUUACACGCCAAUCGAUCUAUCCUGAUGCACAGUUUGAUGAUAUGCCCUCGAGGAAGCGGGGGCCAUCGCACGGUCUGGCCGUGCUCCAGGAGCUAGCCUUUACCGUAGGAAAACCGGUGGCGAGAGUUAGAAAUUCCAAAUUCGCACUCAUCUCCUAUCUUCGUUUGUUAAACGAAACGAUCGAUUUGUACCGAUCAGUGAUCGUCGAUGAGGGUGCGCUGCAACGCCAAAGUAAAAACAUCGUUCGAGCGGAAGCAAAUGGUACGAUCACGGUCGAUAUACUAGCAUACGCUUCGAUUACCAGCUACGAUCGUUUCGAGAAGCAACUGUUUCACACUAUCGUGUGCAAGAUAAUGCAUUUUGUGCAUGCGACUGGGGCAACACCGAACGGUUCACCGACUCAGCUGAUCCUUGAAAAUUGGCUCGCUCUCACUCAGUUCAGUGUUGGAAUGCUCUAUCUACUGAAGCUGUAUGUGUUCGAAAGCAUUGAACCGCUGUCGCUAACACGUCUCGCUUUACGACGCCUUCGACCGGAUGCGGUCACGAAUCUGCUAACCCUGAACGAUGCAUUCAGUAGCUGCGUGGCGUCGACACUUCCUGGUGCCUCGAAAGCGAUCCUUACCCUGGUGCCCAUUACCUCACUGCUGGACGGCGACUUUCAGUACGCCGUGCUGAACUACAACAACUCGCUGUGUCUGAUCUACUGUGCGCGACUGUUGGAUGCUGUGGAGAAGACGCACAUGGCCAAAUGAUGUGCCGCCCAGAAACGAGAAUGAAAAUAAGAUAGGCGUUCAAUAAAUAAAUUUUAAUCAAUUUUAACUCAAAACCAUA